GUGAUAGCACACACUCGCCCAUCGCGUGAGGUCGCAACUCACGGCCCGCGGUGCACGAUACUGUUGAGCAAGCAGCGGCGUGCGGCGCACCGCGCCAUGCGCAUGCGCGGACAUUUCCCGCCAAACGUGACAGCUACGCGCGCGUCCUGGAACCGGGGUUGAGACUUGAGAAUAAAUAUAAAUUUAAUUUUUGAUAUGCGUUUAGAACAAUCAGUAUUUUAUUACAAGUGCUCAAAAAUCAGGACCAAAAUAAAGUUUUAAGCCCACAAUUUACAUAGAUUUUUUGGUACUGAAAGUCUAAAUUCAUAAAGGAACAUUUUUACGCACAUUUGCUGUUAGAGAUUUAUAUUUUGUCUUUCUAAUAUCAAAAUUUCACCAAGACAUUAACAAUUUGUGUGUAUGACCUUAUUAUUUGUUUUUUUUUUUAUGCAAGUUGUGAGUCACUUUUAUUCUGCUUUUCAAAGUGUUUCACAGACUGUAGCAUGGGUAUUUGUUAAUUAAUUGUGUGAUUCUGUGAACGUGAUGUGUUCAAAAUGUGGCUUCCCUGGAUCCUGUUAAUGCUGAACGAAAUCGCCGCAGACAACGUCACCUCCGCGGGUUUCGAUGAUGCGUGGACCCUGCGUUACCCCGGCCGUAAGUCCAACGUACGUCGACAACGCAUGCUCCCCGCGGACACGCCAUUCCCCUGCGAGGCAACCACGGCUUGGGGCCGCAGCAAGCAGGUGCCCACCUCCGUGCACCAGCUGAGGCCGGGCGACAUCGACGUGGUGGCGGCGAUAGGUGACUCCCUGGUAGCUGGUAGCGGGGCGCUCGAGGAGUUUGCCCUGGGAGCCAUAGUGGAGUACCGCGGGGUGUCAUGGUGUGCUGGUGGAGACAGCAAUUGGCGGGAGUACCUGACAUUACCGAAUAUCCUGAAGGAAUACAACCCGGAGAUAAGGGGAUACUCCACGGGUACUGGGGAGUGGUUGGCCAAGAACUCAAGACUUAACGUGGCCUUCCCCGUUGCCUCAGACCAGGAUGCUUACAAACAGGCAAAGAUCCUCGUGGCUCGCAUCCGCUCCUCGCCUGACAUCUCCCUGUCUCGCGACUGGAAGAUGGUGACUCUGUUCAUGGGCGCCAACGACCUGUGCUCGGCGUCGUGCCUUUCGCCCGUGUCCUGGUCACCCGCGGCCCACGCUCGCAAGCUGGCCCGUGCGCUGGACUACUUGCACGAGCAUCUCCCGAGGACCAUCGUCAACCUGAUACCAGUACUCGACGUGUCAGUGUCGGUGCGAGUGAAGCGACCGCUCAUGUGCCGGCUGAUGCAUCCGCUGUUCUGCAGGUGCUUCCACCAAGGUGGGGGGGAGCUGCUAGACCUAGUGCGCCAGGCGCGCCGCUACCAGGCUGCGGAGAUCGCGCUCGUGGAGAGCGGGCGCUACGAUACGCGGGAUGAUUUCACCGUAGUGUUCCAACCCUUCAUGCGGGUGUUCAACGCGCCGCUGCCACUGCCCGAGCCUCUACCGCUGGUCAUCCACCAGUCCUACAUCACCCACGACUGCUUCCACUUCUCGCAGAAGGGACAUGCAUUAGCUGCAAAUUUGCUGUGGAACAACCUCCUGGAGCCUGUCGGAAGCAAGUCCGACAACGUUGCGCCGGUGCUCAUGAACUCGUUCCGGUGUCCGACCAAGAACGCGCCCUUCAUAUUCACCAACAAGAAUUCUAAGGUAUUUCUACAAACCGGAAAACAAGAUGGCGCUGACAGCUGAUAGAGAACUUAUGUAUCUUGAAUAUAUUUCAUCAUGUACGUGAUUACCGAAUUCAGGCUUACAUAAAGCCAAAUUUACAUUACGAAAUAAGUUUCAUGACACUACUUUCAGUACCUGUGAAACUAGUUUCAUUAAAAAUAAUAGUGUCGUGAAACCCACAGUAUGUCGGUGUUUAGGGAUCCGCCAACAUGAGAGCUUUAUUUACAUUUCAUAAUGUUGUCAUACAUUAUUGAUGUUAUUGUAUAAAAUCAUGAAAAUUUUGUCUCGAAAAAAAAGACGUUGUUGAAUUCGAGGGGCCAGCAAGAAAGCAUACAAUCUUGGGUGCGACACAGUUAUUAUUUGAAUUAGCAGUAGAAGAGCCUGAGAUCUUUUUCAUAUUUUUAUCAGCCGUCCAUCGUUGGUUUGAGAUUUUCAAGUGUUUUUUUGACUAACACCAAGAGUACAGAGCUUAUAAUCACUACCACGACUAAAAAACAAAGGUUCUACUAGCGCAGGCCCUUUCGAGACACAUUAUAUUAUAAUAUGUAUUAUCUAUACGCGACACUAGUUCCGCGUCGCGUUUAUAUGAUGAUAUAUUUAGUUAUAUGACACUAUAGCAGCCUAGCGAAACUGUAAGUAAAAAGUGAUUCACUUGAUUGUAUGAAACGUUCAAGUAUUUGUUAGAUUAAUCUUGUAAAAAUCGGAUAUAGCCGAAAUCCACUACGUCUUAAGCGUUUGUUCGCUUUGAAACUUAGCCGGAAUAUACUUCGUCGCCAAUCGCCUUACUGUAAUUACUACUAUUUGAAACUUAUAUCAAAUCACUGCACGUCUCAUACUAAACUAGAUUUCAAUUUUUACUUAGGCAAUCCCGCCUCUUAUUAUGUAGCAUUUACAUCCACUUUGGACACUAGUUUUAUCAAAAAAUCGCGCGCGAAACGAAACUAUUUCAGUGUCGUGAAAUCGAUGAAUGCAUUGUAAAACUUGAGGCUUACACGUGAAGUUGUUGAUGAAAGUAGUUUCAUUUCGUAAUUAAAAUUCGGCUUAAAGCUACAAUGGUUUUGUAUCUAGAAUGCAAAAUCUUUGAAUUGUCAGAGUCGAUGAAAAGCCAUUCACUGCGAAGGCCCAUUGAUAAUUAACAUUAUCCCUUUAUCUAACCGCAGCUGUCUUUGCGAGUUAUUAUUACUUAUGCUUAUUGUAUUGUGAAAUGUGUAAAACACAUUUCACAAUACGAAAUUCCAGCAUGUACUAAGUACGACGAGUUGGACGAUACAAAACCUAUGUUUACAAAACCUUCUGAAAUCUAAACAAUUUGUUAUACUUAACUGAUAUCCCUCACAUCUAGGAUUAAAUAUACAAAUUUAAUUUGUACCAAAGUUUGGCAGACUGUUUAGAUUUGAAAGAGCGACACCUUUAGUCAAUUUCCUAAUGUACAAUUAUUGGGGUUGAGCAGGUUAUCAACUGUAAAGUAGAUCCUGUAGAUGAAGCCACAACCUGAGAGUUGAACAAGUCAUACCAACAUUUACAGUCGAUGUGUCACUCGGACGUUUGGCUCAGAUGGUAAGAGUGCUCGGACGGAACCCGAUGGUGCGGGUUCGAGUCUCACAUAAAUAGACCGUAAAUUUUGGUACAAAUGAAAUUUGUAUGUUUUGAUAUCAAUCGUAUCGUUUACUUACAAAAUGUUUAAUAAUAUAUAGUUGUUCUUAUUUAGAUUUAGAAGGUUUGUUGCAAAGUUGCAAGUUUUGUUGACUUGUUAACUUGUGUGUUGUUGUAUGUUGUGUUUUGAUAUAGUCAAUCACCUUAAAUUAUUUAUAAGUUAUUCAAAUGUAUUAGAGCAGAAUUGUCUGUUGAUUUCUACUGAGACUAUAUUAUGCUGUCCAUCAAAGUCUAGCUACAAUAAUUACAGUUAAUUUAAUUUCUUUUUAAUUAAAGAUAAUGGUUAUAACCGGAUUAUUUUUGCUGAUAAUAUUUGUAAGGCGGUAACUAUUUCACAAUAAAAAAAACUAAUUUGAAAAUUCUUUUUUUGCUAUUAAAUAUUUGCUUAUAAUUACUUUUUUACAGCAUUUUACAGUAAAGCCUUAUGUAGGUCUGAUUAAACUUAUUCAUUAACAUAUUUUGUGCUUAUAACUAUGUUAAUACAAAAUGUUUUGGAGGAAAAAAUUUGAAAUAAUUAUAAUUAUGAGAGGCGUAUGGGGAUGUCGGAUGUGAGGGUAAUGUAAGGGAUGGAGGAUAUGAAAGGGAGGGAGGGGAAUAAAAGACCGUUUUCAUCCCGAAAUUGGACUGUUUAACAAUGUUUAACAUUACUUUGAACUAGAGAGAGCCCUGUGUGGAUGUGUAUGUACAUACUAGUAUUUUAUUUUAUAUCAUUUUUUCAUUGAUAGAGUACAAGUGAAAUUGUAACGCCUUACAAAUUUUAACUAGCAAAAAUCUCAAAUACAAAUUGAAUAGUUAGUAAUAGUUUUGGUAAAUUGAAUAUAAUUGUUACUAUAUAGGUGCGAAUACCUCAUUGUUUUAGUAAAUUUUUAAUUAUUGUUACAAGAAUCUUUUCAUAUAAUAUGUCGUCCAUAUUGAUAAUUAUCUAGUUAAUAAAUUAAUGGUAUGCAUGAUAUCCCUGUAUUCUAGUAACAUUAACUUUUUCUUAAGUAAUAUUAGAAUUAGUAUAAUAUGUACUAUAAAAUAAGUAAGUGUUAAAUGUUAUUCAAAUAUAAGCAUUGGACCCAUUUCUGUUAUAUAUUAAAGUUAUAGAUGAAAUAUUUUUUAAUAAAUAUAUUUUUAACUUUUCACCAAAGUAUAGAUAGGUUGUACAUAUAUUGAAGUAUAAUAAAACAAAGUCAAGUGUAUUUUUAAUAAAAUAUAUUAUUUAAAUCAAUUUAAUUCAUUUCCGCUCAAUUUUUAAACUAUAUACGCAAAUAUUGCACAUAAAAAUGUUCUAGGCGUAAUACUCUGCUUGACAAGAGGCUAGAGAUUGUCUAGUAUAAAACUCGGACUAGUCUAUUCUGGUCUACACUAGUUUCGAACAGUACUACUAAGUAAGUGAUAAGUUAAAGGGUUGUGUUUGUGUAUACGGUGUAGUGCCAUUACGAUGGGUGUUAAUAAUAUUUGUGGAUGUUUUAAAUAAAUAUACAAUAAAC